AUGAACCAGCAUCAUCUGGAUGAUGAAGUUAUAAAGUGGCAACACAAUAACUUUGAUUUUCAAAUUAUCAGUGUUCAAGCAUCAUCGCACACAGAAAGUGCAUGUACAUUUCCAUCAUAUUUAAUUGGUGAAUGGACUGAUGUGGCCAAAGGUGCAAGCAUAACAUUCCAGACAACCUCUCCAGAGCUACGAGGAUGGGAAGCUACUGGAGGACAAUAUUUUGAUGCUAAUACGUUUACCACACAGUACUACUAUAUGUGUAUGAAGAUCACAAGGUUAUCUGAUGAUGAGCUAUAUUACUAUCUCCUGUCAGAUACAAAUCAAAACGCAAAUUCUGAAAGAAUUUACACACCGAUCCCAAGGCCAGAUGUCAGUACUACCCCGGCAUGCGAUUACUGCCAGUUUACACAGACGAUACCUGACAGCGAUUUCCGGGAACUAAGAAAAUCUGGUACAAUUGAAACGAUAACCUCUGAUCCUGAACUCUGUCUGCCAUGUGAAGCAACGUGCGACGCAGGAACAACAGGACCGAAGGGAGAUAAAGGAGACACAGGAACAACAGGACCGAAGGGAGAUAAGGGAGAUACAGGAACAACAGGACCGAAGGGAGAUAAGGGAGAUACAGGAACAACAGGACCGAAGGGAGAUAAGGGAAAUACAGGAAUGAAAGGAGAUACUGGAACAAUAGGAGAGACAGGAGAUAAGGGAGAUAAAGAAUCACCUGUAUUUUCAAUUACAGGAAUGAAAGGAGAUACUGGACCAACAGGACAAAAGGGAGAUACCGGAUCAGCCGGAAGUGAUGGAAGUCCAGGAAAAGAUGGAAAAGAUGGAAAAGAUGUUAUCGACUACUGUGACCCCAAUAUGUGUCGCAAUGGUGGUACUUGCAUUAAUGAUAAUGACGGUUUCACUUGUGAUUGUGACCCAAUGUAUGGAUUUGGUGGGCCGACCUGUGAACAGAAGUUAGACCCACCUGGACCAGUUGGAGAGAAAGGAGACAAGGGAGAAAAGGGAGAAAAAGGAGAAAAGGGUUUGAAAGGAGAAAAGGGAGACAUCGGAUAUACCGGUCCGAAAGGAGGAAAGGGAGAGACAGGAAAUAAAGGAUUGAAAGGAAAUAAGGGAGACACAGGAAAUUAUGGACCAGAAGGACCAACUGGACAAAAGGGUCCGACCGGACCUCCAGGACUAAAGGGAAGAUACGGCAGAGAAGGACGGGCUGGACCGAAAGGAGGAAAAGGAGACAAAGGAAAUACCGGACCAACAGGACCAACAGGACAACAGGGCAUGACCGUUUGCGAUUUGAUAGUGGUUUCUACUCGAUUAAAAAUGAUGUAUGGUGAUCUAUAA